UGGGAUUUGGAUUAAACCGAAUUAGAGAGCAUGUGGUCAUGGUUCCAUGGGAUCAUUUACCCGUUUGUCUUGUCUUGUCUGUGUAUGUGUUCUUCUCUGCCACGUCGUCUCUUCUUCCCUUCUUCUGGAUUGUAAAUGAACCAAAACAAAGAUAACGUUAAGCCAACAAUCAAAGAUGAAAGUCCAUUUGAAAAGCUUCAAGAGGAUCUCUUGAUAGAGAUAUUUAUCAGAGUUCCAACAUCAGAGUGGGAACAAAUCUCUACCGUUAGGAAACAGUGGGCGAAUGUAUUCCGUGGAGAAUGCUUUUGGCAGGCUGCUCUUAACCGGACGUUUCCUUUUGCUACCAAAACUCAGAGAUGGAUUGGUCCAAUACGUCAAGGAUUAAACAAACGCUGCAGGAGAUUUGUGGCUUUAUACAUCAGCAGAAACGUAUUAGGUGUGGAUACAGACAUUGAUGAAAUGUUGGGACAUAUAUACUCGUUCUUGAAAGAUCAGCUUCAACUUUCAACUACUCCUGCUUCAGGCCUUCUCCAUGGAACUCUGAUCGACCAAUUGAUAGUUUGUGGCAAAUCGAAAGAAGAAGCGGAUGAGCUCGCGACAAAGAUUUGGCUGGCUCUUCUAGACAAUUUAGAGGACACGAAACAUACAUUUGUUGUCCUGAAAUCCAUUGCGCAAGAAUAUGAUGGUUUUCUUCCAUAUCCAUAUUCAAGACCGAUUAAAAUGCAGUGGAAAGUGUUUGAGAAACUGUUUGUGGAUUUCCGCGACUUGCUUGAUCAUUCAGAGUACUGCGACCUAAUAGGAAUCGCCAAGAAGAAGUUUCAGACGAUACCACAUCUUUGGUUAGGCUAUUAACUAACUUUUAGCCAAAGAACAUUCAAAAGUCUGCAUCUUUGUAAGAAAAACGUCUAAAACGCAGAUUCUUUGGCCAUGUAAUAUUCGUGGUUACUUGUUGACUAACAACGACUCUUUUUUUUUGACUAUUUUAAUCUCUUCGUUACUACCAAAACGUUUGUAAAAAAUCCAAUUUUUCACUUCGUCUUCUUCAAAAUGGCUCUCGCGAAAGUGAUGACGAUUCUCGUUCUCUUCGUCUCGGCGUCACUGUCCUUUGCGCAAUCCAAAGAUAUCGGACACAUCUCCAUACGCGUCUCUGAAACCGGUCUCGAAUUCGCGAAAGAUUUCUUCAUCCGCGAGGUGAUAUCAACGACGAUUCCGCUUCAGCUACCAAACAUCGAGAAGAAGGUUAAGAUCCCUUUGAUCGGGAAAGUUCGAAUGGGUCUGUCGAAUAUUAGGAUCUACGCGGUUGAUGUUCAGUCGUCGAGGAUUGAGACGGGGGGAAAUGGAAUCGUUCUGAGUGUUUCAGGUGCUACUGCAGAUUUGAGCAUGGAUUGGUCUUAUACUUAUAAAGCUUCCUUCUUUCAGAUUUCUGAUCAUGGUGAUGCUUCUGUUAAGGUUAAAGGAAUGGAUUUGAAAACCACUGUCACUCUCGUCGAUGAUAACGGAAGUCUAAAGAUUGCCACACGGGAAAGUGAUUGUAAAGUGAAAAGCAUCGGUAUUCAUAUAAAUGGUGGUGCUUCUUGGCUAUAUCAAGGGGUGGUUGAUGCAUUUGAAAAGAAUAUUAUUUCAACUGUUGAAAACAAUGUUUCUAAUCAAAUAUUGGAGAAGUUGAAGAAGCUUGACUCUUUCUUGCAAUCACUUCCGAAAGAGAGAAAGAUUGAUGGCAAUGUCGCAGUGAAUCUCUCUUUUGCAGGAAACCCUGUAUUGGGUGAUUCCUCUGUUGAAGUUGAAAUCAGUGGUUUGUUCUUGCCAAGUGGCAGUGGUGUUGUAGCUUCAGGACAUCGAUCUUCUUCCAUCUCUCGUGGGGAUGAUAAAAGAAUGGUGGCGAUUUCAAUAGAGGAAGAAGUUUUCAACUCUGCAACACUUGUCUACUUCGAUGCGAAGCGGAUGCAUAUGGUUAUCGACAAAUCAAAGAACGGAUCGACUCUAGCCACAUCUGACUGGAAACUCAUCCUACCAGAACUCUACAAACUAUAUCCAGAUGUUAGAAUGAUGCUUGACAUGUCAGUAGCAUCUCCUCCUGAUGUUAGCAUCACAGAGAAUGGAAUCGAAGCGGCGAUUCAUUUGGAGAUAUCAAUCGACGUUCAAAACUCUGGAGCAGUCCUAUCUGUAGCACGCAUAUCAUCGGUUCUGAAUGUUGCGGGUUCUGCAGAAAUCGCAGAGAAGAAUCUAGCUGGGAGUCUCAGGCUAUUGGAUUUCAAUGCAACAAUGAAGUGGAGUAGAAUCGGUGAGCUUCAAGCAAGCUAUAUUAAGGACGUGACGUCGACGAUUCUUGAAGAGUUGUUUUUGCCGAACGUAAACACGCGGCUCAAGAGAGGAUUCCCGUUGCCGUUUCCACACGGUUUCACGAUCAAAAACGCAGGGAUCGUCUAUGUUGAAAACGGCGUUAUGGUCGUCAGCGACAUAGCAUCUUAUUAGAUAUGAACGGUCUCAAAAGAUUAUGGAAUUUUCUGAAGCUGUUGCGAUUUCUCCAUAAGCUGCGUUGUAAAUUGUCAGUAAGACUUAAGUAUUACCGCAUGUAUUUAUUUCUCAGCUAGUAGUUCGAAUCUCCUAUGUUUUUUGUUACAUAUUUCACAUUUUACAACAUUUAUACUGCAUGCUGUAGCCUGUAUAUAAAUGUUUGUACUUCCGUUCUGUGACCAUGUAAUUUUGUUCAUAAAUGUGCUUUUUUGCAACAACUAAAUGUAACUUUCAUUGUGAGAGAGAGAGACGUAAUCGUUAAACUGGUCUCUAGGCGC